AUGGAAAGUUGGAAAGCCGCGGAAGAUAAAAUACAAGAAAUAUUUAAUGACAUAAAUAUACGUGCAAAGAUUAGAUUUCAACUUCUAAAAAUGGGGGAAGCGGAUCGUUUGAACUAUUUUGUAGGGGGCAACGAGGAAAUAAAAGUUACGCUUGAAGAAUUUUUAAAAAAAGUUCCUGAUAUAGUUUCGUUGCAAAGAGGAAUUGUGGAACUUAAUCAAAAAAUGGAUAGUGGUUUUAGGAAGAUACACAAAGUUAUGGAGGCAUCGUUUUAUUCAUCAGGUACUUUCAAUGAAACUGAUACGGGUAAAUUGGUGCUAGCCGCACCCCCUAUUAGCUUUCCAUUCGACUUAACUACCAGUACCAAAGCAAGAUCACCUGGAAAGUUUAAUCGUCCACCUAAUAAGGAUAAAUAUGCAAAUCCCAGUGAGGCAAAAAUACAAGAUUAUUUUAUGUCCGAAUGCAAGGCUCUAGAAAAUUAUGAUUUUAUAAACAACAAACUUACUGUUAUAGAUACACAUCUUGCUCCAACGUUAGGUACUCGAAAACCGGAUUUUUUAUUCAUUCCAAACGAUUCACAUUUAGAUAUGUUAAAUGCUGUUGUUGUUGUUGAGGUAAAGAAGCGAUUUGGAGAAAAUUUUAGCAACGCACAAAUAGGACAAGCAAUAUCAUUCGGUGAAAAAACACUCCAACUUCAACCACAACGAAAUUAUGUAUAUGUGGUGUUGACGGAUUGUCUUAUAAUUAAUAUCUACAAAGUAACUAGGGUGGAUAUGAAUAACAACUAUCAAAAUCCAAUCACCCAAUUUAAGUACGACCACGUGGCACCCCAGCCUUUAGAAAAAAAUCCUGUUUCUGAUAAAAGAUGGAAAUACCUGGCAGAACCAGUGUUGUCUAUGAAGGAAAGCUCCAAUGAUAAUACACUUAUUAUGACUCCAUUUGGUGAGAAAAUCCGUAAUUUGCAAAAACAGGAUAUCAGAGAUAUCAUUAUCACCUUACAAAAUGUUCAUUCACAUGGGAUUAUACAUAGAGAUCUUAGAAAAUUUAAUUUUCUUCGCAAUUUAGAUGAUUUAAGCAUCUUUAUUGCCGACUGGGGUUAUAGUGCAGAAAUUCUCGUAAACACCACAUUUGCAGGUGCAUUAGAAUGUAUGCCAGAUGCAAUCCUGGAAUCAUUAAUCAAUGGGGAAGAAAUUAUUUAUAGUCCACAAGUUGAUUUGAUAUGUUUUGUACGUUCAUUUUAUUUAAUGCUUCAUAGACCAUCAUUAGAAAGAAUUCCCUUUGAUAGAGAUGAUAAUAUUAAGAAUCGAGCACAAAUGUUAUUGAAUUUCUGGAAAGGUUGCGCAAAGUCAGAG